CAGUAGGCCCUUUAUAAGGCCUCGCUGACCAAUAGGCAGUGAUGUGGGCGGGGCUUUGUCUCCAGCCUCAGCCCCUUGCCCUGCAGCUUACUCAGUGUUAGUUACCUGGAGCUCAAGUGAGAAUCCGUGCCCAGGAGUAGUCAGUCCGAUUGUGGGGGAGAAGGGCGUGGGAACGGGCAUUUAUUAUGCACCCACUGUAUACCAGUCUGGCCUCUGGAGCUCGGCCCAGGUUCCCCUUCCUGCCCUGAUUGUCCCCCCGGGGGUGUGACCACCUCCCCACCCCCCCCAGCUAGGGCAGGAGGACUGGUCCGUGCCAGUCUAGGGGAAGCCCAUGCUUGCUGACCAAAAGCAGGAACCCCUUUGUUUUGCAUGUCCGUAUUCCUAGGGGCCAGCCUGGGGCAGCACAAAGUAGGUCUGCCUGUAGAGCGAAUGAAUGAGCAAUGAAUACGUAGCAGGAGAGUAACAAGGAUAGACCAUGUUGCCUGAGCCCAGAUGGAACAAGUUUGUCCCAGGGCAGGCGGCUGGGCGCUGCUGCAGAAUCGGGCCAGGGCCGCAGGCUAGCCCACUCGCUGCCAUCAGGAAACCUAGUUCCGAAGUGACCGUGAGGAAAGAUGAGCAGGGGGACAGGCCCCAUCUGCUGGUCCUGAGAAAUGAAGCCACUGCAUCCUGACAUGCCCACUUUUCUUAAGUCACCUUGUUUUGCUUGUUUCCAUCUAAAUAUGACAAGAGAGUGAUUUUAUGGGAUUGUUGAUUUUUAAUUUGCGCUGCUGCUUCAGUACCAUCCCUACCUCCUCAGUCUCAGUCUAUUGCCUAAGACAAAAAUUCAGAAAGCAUGGGGAGGGGCUGUGAUCAGGGCUGGUGCAUCUCCGGGUAACGAGUGGUCCCUUGGGGGGUGGUCUGCAGGUGGCCAAUGGACAGAUCCUCCCAGCCUGAGAAUGGAGGGCAGACUGCAUCAGGGUGCUCAGGAACUUGGGUGGUAGAAUAAUUACAUCUUGGAUCCCCCUGACCAUUGAUUUCUUUUCUGCUCCUCUGCAUCAAAAGCAUGAUUCUGAGAAGGGCUGCACAGACUUCCCCAGGUAGACCAUUCCCAGAAAAGGUUAAAUUCAGGGAUCCUCAAAUUACAGCCCAUAGGCCAGAUGCGGCAGUUGAGGAGUUUAACCCCGUUGAGGACAUUUAACCCCCUCACCCAGGGCUAUGAAAUUUCUUUAUUUAAAGGCCCACAAACCAAAGUUUUUGUAUUUGCUAGUCUGGCCCUCCAAUAGUCUGAGGGACAGUGAACUGCCCCCUAUUUAAAAAGUUUGAGGACCCCUGGUUAAAAGCCUUGCUCUGUACGAUCUGUUCCAAUUACUCCAUUUCACAAAUGACAAAAGUAAAGUUGUAGGAGCUGAUGUCAUUUGUCCCGGGUCCCACAGUGAUAAAUAGCCUAGCAGGGAAUUCAGAUUUACUUCUGACUCCAAAUCCAAUUGUUUUCUGCAAGGGAAGCCUCACUGCGUUAGAGCCAGAGGGCUGGGGAGAGGACAAGUAAUGGUUCCUGUGUCUCGCUGCUUGUCACCUGCCACAUUUUUCAGAUUUUCUGAACGUGAAGGAAUCUUAGAGAUCUUCUGGUCUCACAUUCCUGUUAAACAGAUUAGAAAACAGAGGCUCGGGGCCAGAUGGGGCUUGUCUAGGGCCGCCAAGUCAGUUCUGGGCCCCAAGUCUGUGCCUUCUGGCUCUUUUCCCAGGUGGAGGAACAAACGGCACCUUGUGCUGGGCUCUCCCUAGCGAGUCCCCGUGGAUGUUGGGGGACUUCCCCUGUGCAUGAAGCCGCAGAACCUCAAUACCCCACAACUGCCCCCGGCCUGAGAGAGGGCGCCCAUUGCCAGGAUCGAAGAUGCCGCUCCCCACCGGAAUGCUGGAGGCCAUCAACUUCAACGCCAUCCCUAUGGUCCCGCUGGACGAUUCCCUGUGGACUUCGUCCUUGGAGAGGCAGAAGCAGCAAGAGGAACAGAAGGCUUAUGUGAAGCAGAACCCACCCCUGUGCUUCGUGGGCUCCGUGAGCAAGCUGAACAAAAAGAUCGCCCAGAUAGACCUGAGGACGCGACUCCACAAGACCAGCAUUCACAGCAAGAUCCUGGUCAUUGAGAAACUGGAGGCAGAAGAGGAAAUGAGAGAGCAGCAGCGCCUCUGGGGAGAGAAAGAGAAGGCUAGCAAAACCAAGACAAAGAUACACAAGUUUUUCCCACUAACUUCAUCGCCUUCAGGUGUUCCCUAUCUUGGGUCGAAAAAGAGAAUCCAGAAGGAUGGGCUGGUUGAGCUGUACCGGGCCCCGGCGCACAAUGAGGAGAUGCCCAAUGAGCUGCCAAACAGAGUGAACUACUUUGAGAUGGUGGGCAACAUUGUCCGGGCACAGGGGAACACCACCAUCAGUGGCAAGGCCAUCUGUGCACCAGCAGAAAUGACCAAAUUCUUUUGCUGUCCGUAUACAAAAUCUAUCGUGUUGGAUUGUUUCUGGUGGAUCUUUCAUGAAAGAUACGAUUCAAACAAGGCGACCCAGAGGAAGCUAUUUGACCGAGUGUCUGAAAACUAUGCUCAUCUUCUGCUGGACCUGCCCAGCUCAGGCUUCAAAGAAGUCCUCCUACGGAUUUUCCCAAGCCUCUUGAGUCAAGCCCUGUAUACCAGCUUCUGCGCCUGCUUCCCACAGUCGUGGUUUGGCAGUCAUGAAUUCAAAUCUUUCGUCUGUGACACGAUGCAUCAGUGGAUCGGAGGCACACUCCCAAACCCAAAGAGCUAUAUGAAUUGGAACUACUUCGAGCUGGAGCCAGAGCGAUUCCGGAGAGAAGAGAUGCUGAGAGGCCCUGAGAAGGUCUCUGGCGUCGCCAGGCAGAGGAUGACCGCAAAGCUCUCAAAGGCUGAACCCCAGUACAAGAGGCAGAGGCAAGCCUCCAAGAAGAUCAAGGAGAUCACGGAGUUGAGGCUGUUGGAGAAGGCGGCUCAGAACGAGUCACAUCCGGCGUGCCGGGGACCUGAGUUUUCGAAAAACAUGUUCAGCAUCACUGGCAAGAGCCCACUGAUUGUCCACUACCUCCAGCAGCACCACGCUUACCAGCAGACUGGCCAGGACAUCCUGAUGACCCGGCGCGAAGUGUCCAAGACGAUACCAGAGGGCACCGCCACGUAUAGAGACGUGAUCCGGCAGGUCAGGGCCAACAUGACAAACCUGAACAAGGAAAUGCGGAAGCUGCGGAAGGCCUACAGCACCGAGUGGAAGCUGUUUGAGCAGAGCCAGAAGGAUCUGCAGUCCAACUUCCUCAGGGAAGUGAGAGACAUCAGCACCAGUAAAUUAGAAAAGAAGCAGAUGAUGAAUCAUCACUUUAUCUUUCCUCGGUUGGAACUUUCUGAUCAGUUUGGAAGAAUCUUUAAGUGGAUGAGAUCCAUGGCAGAGCUGCGUCCGCUGAAACAGAGUUAGGCCUAAGAUAAUGAGUUAGGAGUCGCCGAGCCUUCAGAGUUGCUUAAGCACAUUAAAUGCCUGCACUCUGCCACCCUGGGCCGGGCGGGCUGGGCCAGCACCGGUGACCACAGGCAUUUCUGGGGCUGCCCCAGCGUUCCCGGCCUGCGGAGGGGAGUCAGAGCUGGCUAAGGCAUGGCUGCUCCCUGUUCCUCCUGGCAUGACGUACGCUCGGGCCUCCGAGGGCACAGUAAACAUCACACCCGGCACAUCCAGGGCCUUGGGGGCGGUGGCAAACAGAGGCCCCCGAAGGCUGAGCGUGGGGUGGAGGGGGAGCUUUGGUGAACUUGGGAAGAAUCCCACGUGAGUGAGUCAGCCCUACUCAAAUGUGUUUUGGUUGCUGAGCUCGGACCCCACAUUGAAGAGUUUGAGUUAAAAUUCAAUAGAUUCAAAAGAAAACUUAUCUUCCUUCUCAGCCCAUCCUCUCCUUUUCACACUUCUCAGUUUCUAUUGAGAGAUGCACCAUAUUCCCAGUCACCCUGGCUUUUAUCCAACCACGUUCUGUUGAUUUGGCCUCUGAGGUUAUUUAACAUCUACCCCUUUGUUCAGGCCUUCAGGAGGAUGACCUCCAUCCUUUCCAACUUUACAACUUAUUCUUUUUUUAAAAACCCGGUAGGUUUUCUUUUGAUGGCCAGACACCAUUCAGCAGACAAGAAAAGCCGAUAUAAAACCACUGGGCGACUCAAGUGACUGCCCCAUCAGUCUGUGGGAUGUCCUGUUUUUAUAAUUUAACAACUGAAAACAGAAAGGAAAAGUCUAUGUGUCUACUCUAACUUGAAGUUUAGCAGUGAAAAUUGCCUUUAUUUGCCUUAAUGUAGUCCUUGUACUUUGUGGCUUUCUUGGUUUUUUCCAUCCUGGAGUGGGAAUUCUUCUGAAUUCUUCCUUUUUGUUGUUCUUGAAAGUGGAGCGAUCCCCGACAGUCUCGUUCCUCAUUAUGGGGCGUGCUCUGUUAUGAGAAAUAAUGAUCGGUUAUUGACAUAAGGGUCUUUCCUUGUUACACUUAAUUUCCUAGGAUAUUCACCUCAUGGUAGCAUCUUUGCAUCCAGUAAUAUGAACCAAUAUUCUUUGCCUUCCGCAGGCCUGUGCUUCCCUCACCUACAGCUUUUCUCGUCCUCAGCGAUCCCAGGGACAAGUGCCUUCCUCCAGAACUAUCAUCUGUAAUUCUCAUCUCUGAAAUUCCCUCAUUGUACAUGACCGUUCUCCCAUCUCUUGCCUCUGCCUCCUUAUAAACCUUUCUCCAUCCUCGUUGCAAACUCCAGUGUUUCCGUCCUUGUUCUCAAAGUCUACUGGUCCUGUCUAGGCUCCUUUCCCUGUCUUCAGAGUCUUAAUCCUUGAGCUGACCAACAACUUUCCCUUGCCUCAUUUUCCUGCUACCAUUAGCAGUGUUCCUGGUCCAUCCCCAGUAUCCGCCAUCCUGACCUGCUGAACAUCACAGGAGGGAGACACCCCAAUCUGUUGCCUGGGUCCAGAACAAAUUCAUGCUAUCCAGUCUUAAUUGGUCCUUACUGCUACACAGAACAACAUAAGUUUUCCUUAAUUGACUCUCUCCCAAACUUCCCUCUGCAAUCCUCAAGCAAGCUCCCAAGCUGCUUCCAGCUCUUGUCUCUACACAUGUCCUCGUCUCCUGCUACAUGGGGGCAGUAGAAGCCAGCUGCUGUGAACCCCCUUUUUUUCCUACUCUGCACCUCUCCACUCAUAUGAGGAACUCAUGGUCCUUGCAGCCCAAAAGCCAUCUUCUCCAGGAAGGAGCUCAUCCUCCCAAGUGAUUGCCGCUCCCUCUCUUCUCAAGCCAUGUCCUGCACGGCACUUCCCUGGCACUGCCAGACUUCCAGGCUCUCAUUGCCUCCUCUUCCUUACCACAGGUGCUGUGGCCCUUCACAUCUCUGCCCUGGAUUAUUGCUGUGUCCUUUCUUGCAGGCUCUCUCCCUUCGCUAGCUCAUCCUUUGUCCAGCUGUCAAAUCAUCUUCCUAAGGGACAAGGGUGACUGGUCACUCCACUGCUCGAAAGCCCUGCCCUGGAACCAGAUACGGCCUCUUUGGCAUGGCUUAUGGUCUUGUGCCACCUAAUGGGUAUUCCCCUUUCUAGCCUUAUUCCACACACCUUAUGUUUCAACUAAAUUGGAUGGUUUACCAUUUUCUACAUUUAAUAUUCCACAUCCCACUGCUGGAUGUUCGCCUGAACUGCCCCCAGUCCUUGGCCUUCCACUCCCCUCUCUGCUUUCUCAGAAUACUUAUCUUCCCUUAAGGCUUAAUGCCAGUUCACCUCCUAGGAGAAACUUUCCCCAAUCCCUUCUCCCUCCCUCCUCAUCUUUUCUUAAACCACCCUUAUUUGUGUGUUUUGUAUCUCUCUGGUAGAAGGUGAGCUCCCUGUGGACAAGGGCUUGUUUUGUCUUUAAACUCUCAGCCUUGUAAAAUGUCUUACAUAUACAUAGUAGACCUUCAAUAAAUGCUUAUUGAGUCAAAUAUUCAUGAAUGAUUCUCAAGUAUUUUCCAGAAGGUUGGACCAAUUCAUUACUAUAACAAAUUAGAAUGGUUGUCUUCCUCACAGCCUCUCCAAGAUGAAAUUUUCCCCUUUCACCUUUGACAUUUUGAUGGGCAUGGGGUAAUCUCUUCUUUUAAUUUGCAUUUCUAUUAUUAUUUGUAAGUAUGAACAUUUAUUCAACUGUUUAAUAUUUGAGGCACUUUUUCUUUUGAAAACUGUUCAUCUUCUUCAAUAACUUGUCUCUCAGGGAACAACUUUUAAUCAUGUAGAUUGGGUUAAUUCCCUGUAAGUUUUAUUGUUAAACUUUUUAUCAAAGAUGUUUCCCUCCCCUUACCCCAUCCAUAUCUUUUCUUCUCAUUCCACCUGCAUUGAUUUUAUUUGUGAUUUUAAAUAAUCAUACUAUAAGAUGAUUGAGAGAUCAUGGGUACACCAGUUCCCCCCUGAGCACAAUAAGAAAUGUUCCAAAUUCAGUAAAAUAAAAACAAUAUGAAGGUAACGUAAAGAAAACCAAGAGGGGUGUUUUCUCUUCCCCUCUCUAUAUACCCCCAGACUUGGGAGUCUCCCAGUCUCCUGUUCCCAGUAGCUAUUGGGCUAGAGUCAUAUAUUCCUCAAGCCUCAGAGUUUCAGGCAGUAGAGCAAGCAGGAUUUCUUGGGUUUCAUGCAUAUAAGACAAUUUUUUUUUGUCAUGAAUUAAAAUCGUUUUUUCAUUGUGAAUUAAAUCAACAAAUACAUGAAACAAAAACAGGAUUAUAUAUGAAACUGUGAACUUCAGCUAAAUGCAAUUUAGGUUUUUUAAAAUGUGUAUUAAAUUUAACAAAGCAGUAGCAAAAUUGCCCUGUUUGUGUCUCUCCUUGAAAACUUGUUUCUUCUGUGCAUUUUAUAUUUUACUGAGUCUAUUGAUAUUAAUGAGACAUGGUGUCUCCAGCCUUAGGGGUUACUUCCUGGGUGUUUGAGUUUGAGCCAGGAACCAAUCUUCCAGAGGGAGAUUACACAGCAGGGUGCAGCAUGGAAAAGGAAGGGGACUGUCAAUUAGAGGACUAAAUCCAUAUCAUAGAGACCCAAGAGAACUGGACUUAUUAUCCCUCCAGGAUGUCACUGAGUUGCUUAGACAGUAUGUACGGUUGCUCCAGACACAAGCCAUAAAUAAGGUUUUUAGGUGAGACAACAAACCAUACAAGGAUACCAUAUGCCCUUUGAGGCCUAGUUUCAGAACUGUACACCUGGGUUCCUGGGAAGCCAGCGUCCUUGGGGAGGGGCAUCUGGACUUUGGGUGACGUCGGGGUUUGUCCGGUGUUUCUGUGACUUCAGGACUGAAGUGACAGAGGGAACAAUCUGUUAGAGGAGACUGGAUGGAAUGGGUCACUUCAACUUGUAGAGUUAACCUUGAUAAGGCAUUAAGCCAUGUCUCAUGUGAUUCAGGGAUGAAGGAGGGGAGAGUGAAGUGACAGGAAGUGCAGUGGG